UCGUUGGGUAACACAGGAAAUAAAUAAGCACAAAAUAAUGAGCACACAGCCAUCAUAAACAUAAUAUUGUUAAGCAGAUGCAUCCCCACUGCGUUCACGCGCGCUUGCCAGAGGCACAGAGUUGCCUCCCUCGUCCUCGUCUUGCCUUCUGUUCGCAAUCUCCCCAGAAUCUGUGAGAGAAAGACGGGUGCGCAACAGCAGAGUCUGAACGGUGUGAUACCGCGCGAACGGAGAGGAAUCAGCAGAGCGAGGAAGAAUAAUGAGCCCGGAUUUUCUUUGCGCCCAGAGGAGAAACCCGCAGCAAUGAAUAAAUAAACAGGGCGGUUGUAAAACUCCGCCAGUCGUGACCACGGGAGACUACGCAUGUAAGAUCGCUGGCGCAUGAGAAGACCUCCAGCCGCAUAGUCGCUCUCAGAAUGCGGGCGUGAGAAGAAACAUAGGCUACUACGGCGGGGGAAUUAAAGUGCAACGGCGGCCGAGUGAACGUCUUGAGGGCCAGGGGGUGUGUGCGACUGCAGGACACCAGCAUGUCGAACCGAAAGCACCGGGACAACCAGGAAAUAUGCGCCCGCAAGGUCCGAGAGCUCGCCCAGACGGGAGUGAACAAGCACUGCUUCGAGUGCAGCCAGCCUGGGGUGACUUACAUCGACAUCACUGUGGGCUGCUUCGUAUGCACGUCGUGCUCCGGGAUGCUGAGAGGGCUCAAUCCACCCCACAGAGUUAAGUCUAUUUCCAUGACAACCUUCUCCCAACAGGAAGUGGAGUUUUUGCAAAACCAUGGCAACGAGGUUGGAAGGAGGACCUGGCUCUGCAUAUUUGACCCCAAAACAGACGGCUGUUUGGACGCACGUGACACACAGAAGCUGAAAGAGUUCUUGCAGGACAAAUAUGAGAGAAAGAAAUGGCAUUUCUCUAAGAGCAAGAUCCGCAGGGAUGCGAAUGAGUCCCCAUGGGCUCCAGGGGUUCAGGCUGUUCCAGCUCCACACGGGCCCGCUCAGAAUCAGCCUCCGCCUGGACAUCCUCUGAACCCCACUGCCCGGCCCACCCGUACACUGUCCCAGUCCCAGUUGUCAAUAUGGGACAGAGCUCCUGCUGUCUCCCCAGCUGAUAGUCGCACUGAGGUGUUCACUGCCAGGCCAACUCGCUCACAGAGCUUCAGAGAUCAUCCCAUUAAAGACACAUUGUUAAGUGGUGUGGAGAGACAGAGGCCAGGAACAAUUUCUUCUGGAAUGGGACACCAGAAUCAUCCCUCCUCCUUUCCAGCCCUUCCACGUCCUUCAGCAAGUAGCACUUUCAAAAGCAGCUUUACUUUAGGUCGCACUCUGUCAACUGGGGGUGGAGCUCCAUUUAGAGCCUUCCCUAAAUCGCUGAGUUUGGAUUUUGGGGGUCUAAGCCACGCCCACAGCACUCUAAGUUAUGCUGCUCCGCCCCCUGUCACUCAGGAUAAGUAUGCAGCCUUUUCACAGCUUGAUAAAGUGUUCUCAGACAACACGCCUGUCACAGCCAUUACAACAGCUCACUCUGAUGGACCGCCUCAGUAUAGCACCCUCUUUAGUAACCGACUAUCCUCCAGUUCCACCCCUGCAAGCUCCCCAGGUGUUCCAGAGGCCACCUCUGGAUCUCAAACGUUUGCAAAUUUCCCAAACCCCUUCAAUUCUACAACCAGUUGCGCCCAGCCCGUUCUGUCUCCCAGUAACCCCUUCAAAAGCACAGCCUCAGAUGAUGCCUCCUCCUCCUCAGUCGUCUUUCCUCAGUCUGUCUCUUUUCCUGCACCCACCACCACCCAAAGUGCUUUUUCACACCAACAGUCUAGUAACCAGGAAGCAAACGGUUUCAACUCAUUUCCUGCCCCCGAGUCUGUCCCUAAAGUCCCACGACCAAUGUCUGUCAACCCGUUUACUGGGAAUGUUUACCCGAGUAGAGGAGCAUCACUGAACCCUUUCAUCUGAACCACCUCGGCCGUGGAGAAAGAAGAGAGCGAGUGGAGCUUGUUUACUUUGCCAUACCUACAGAAAACACCCAACACUUCUGCGUGUGUCUUCAUGUAUGUUUAAAGGUGUGUGUGUGUGUGUGUGUGUGUUUGUUAGCAGAUAUUGUACGUGUAACUAUUUGUACAUGCUUUGUUGUAUGUGUGUGCGCGCGAGUGUGUUUGUAUGUACGUACCCUUUUGUACCAGAUGCUAUAAAUUAAGCUUUGUGUGUGUGUGUGUGUGUGUGUGUACAUUUGUGUGGGUUUUGCCUAAUAUCAGAGGAAUUUUUCUGAUAAUAGGAGAACUUCAGAUGAAAGGUGCUUAUGAGAGCCAUUAACACUCACAAACACACACACAAGCUGCUGCUUUGACCUUUCCACACAGAACUUCUCAUGCCAAUAUCGCCCUAACCUGAGUGCCCACUUACUUCACUCAGUCACUGAGGUCGACACAUUACAAUAAAUUAGUAGCUUCAGAUCAUCUCAGUAAUGCAUUUCUCCUCAGUGCCCAUUUGGGUUAAUUGAUUCAGAAGCAUGUUAAAAAGACGGCAUAAAUAAAACAGGCAUUUCCUUCACUUUUCUGUCUGUGUAUGAAUGCCGGGCUUGUUUCUAUUUAUUUUGACGUUGACGUUUCAUUUCAAACGUUAAUAAGUAUUUGUGUGUGCAUUGUCAAACUGCAUGCGCUUCUCAAGCUGAGCAGGAAGCUGCUGAAUGUACCUCAGUUUCAGUUAUUAUGAGGGAAAAAAGUUUCUUGUAUGGACCAAAAAUUGUCUAAUAUCGUCAAGAUUUUUUUGUAUAACGUAGAGAUGGUUUCUUCUUUAUUCAUAUAGAAUGUCUUUGUAUCGAGAUGUAUCCAUAUGCAUAAAGCUAUCCAUAACUGUUGUGUCCAUGUGUAUUGUCUGUGUGAUGCAAAUCAAACUGAAUUUGCUGCUUUUGGAAUUUCAUGCAAUAUCUUUUUAUGACAGCAUCAUUUAUAUUUUUCUGUGAAGAUCAUUAUUGCAUUUCGAAUGUAUUUGCACUCUAUGAUCAUUAGGGCUUUCAACUGAAAAUUAAAAUGAAAAGUA